GGCCGACAAUGUGUUAGUUUGUGUAAUUGUAUCAAUCAAGCGCCAGCCACCGUCCGAUUCACACACCGUUUGAACGUUUGGCCACAGUUGUACUUUCAAUAUGUCUGAACUGAAAAUACGCCCCAUACCCGAAGCUCUCCAGAAGAAAGCCAACAAGGAACUUAACGAAAAUGUUCAGCUGCUGUCCAGUGAGCUGGAAACCAUCAGAACUUGGAUAAAACAAUCCGGGCACCUUCGAGCUAGAACGGAUGACCAAUUCUUGGUGGGAUUUCUGAGAGCCUGCAAACACAGCAUCGAGCGGCUCAAGGAGAAGAUGGACAUAUACUACUCGAUUCGAUCCGUGCUGCCGGAAGUAAUGGACAAGAGAGAUCCACUGAAUCCGUUUGUCCGGAAGGUCAUUCAAAUGGGUGUUACUAUUCCACUACCGAAGACUGUGAAUCCGGAUGACCCGAAAAUCGUCUUAAUCCGAGCAGGUGCAUUCGACGGAGAUUUCUGCGAUUUCCCGGAUAUUCUCAAAGUAUUCACAAUGAUCGCCGACCUGCAACUGCGGGACGACGACCAAAUGGUGAUUUGUGGCCAGACGGCCAUAAUCGAUCUGGGUAACUCUUCCAGCGGGCACUUUUUCAACUUCAACGUGUCUUUCCUGAAGAAGGCUGCCAUCCUGAACCAACAAGGUUCCCCGCUGCGCCAGAAGGAGUUCCACUUCAUCAACACCCCGAAAGGGUUCGACAUUGUGGUUAGUUUGUUCCGGAGUCUGAUGACCGAGAAGAAUCGUGGCAAAACGAUCGUCUCUCACGGUUCGGAUGUUAAAUCGUUGCAGAAAUAUUUCCCCAAAUCUGUGCUUCCUACCGAAUAUGGGGGUGAUUUGGGUCCAGUCCAACAAUAUGUGGACUAUUGGGAGCAAAGACUGAUAGACGAUCAAGAGUACCUGAUUGGAGAGCAAAAGUUUGGAGUGGAUGAAAGUAAACGACGAUCUACGAAUCCACUGUCGGAGGAAAAGGACUUGUUUGGAACGGCUGGUACGUUCCGAAAACUAGACCCCACCGCCGCCAUGCCUAACAUUCGUUCGUUGUGUUCGGAGCUUGCGCAGAAAGCCAAGGACGAACUCAACGAAGUUCCGGAGCGACUUGACGAGGACCUGGCAGCACUGCGAGCAUGGUUGGCCAAGUGCCCGCACCUUAAGAUCCGUUCGGAUGACCAGCAUCUGGUGAUGUUCCUGCGUGGAGCCAAGCACAGUCUGGAACGUGCCAAAGAGAAAAUUGAUUUGUACUACACUCUCCGGACUGCUCUGCCGGAACUGAUGCGGAACCGAAAUCCAUUCGAUCCGAAGAUGGCAGCGUUGAUGCGAAUGGGAUCGGCCGUUCCACUGCCAAAUACGGAAGGACCUGCUAGCCCAAGAAUCGUACUUAUACGGCCAGGCUUGUACGAUCCAGCCCAGUACACCAUCCAGGAUGUAUUCCGGUAUAAUUCGAUGAUGAGUGAUAUCAUGAUGAUGGAGGACGAUCAACUUGGAAUCGCCGGACAAGUUGGCAUUCUCGACUUGGCAAACACUACGAUGGCCCACUUCCUGCAGUUCAGUCCGACCUUUGUCAAGAAGGUUACCAUGCUGUCCCAGGAAGGUUCACCGCUUCGAUUGAAGGGCUUCCACUACAUCAACACUCCGUCCGGAUUUGAAAUGGUCUACAAUCUGUUCAAGAACUUCCUCAACGAAAAGAACCGAACUCGGCUCCACGUGCACGGUAGCAACAUGGAGUCGCUGUACGAGCACAUCCCGAAGCGGCUGCUGCCGAAGGAGUACGGCGGUGAGGCGGGCCCCAUCCAGGACGUGGUGGACACGUGGGUCAAGAAGAUCGAGGCCAACGCGGACUACUUCAAGCAGGAGGAGCAGUACGGCACGGACGAGAAGCGACGCCCGGGAAGGCCCAAGAACGCGGAGAGUCUGUUCGGCAUUCAGGGGUCGUUCCGGAAGCUGGAGGUGGAUUGAAUGCUUUUUGGUUGAAAUAAAAAGAAAAAGGGUGGUUUAUGGA